AUGGCGUCCAUAAACAACUGGUUAGCCUUUUCUCUCUCUCCACAUGAGACACUCAUCCCCAGCGACGAUGCUUCUACCGCUGACUGCUUCUGCAUUUCCGGCGACUCCUCUUCAGAACCGCCCCUUGGCGUCUCAACCCUAAGAGAAGAUGUUCCCUUUGACAUCUUGGAAGCAGUCCAUAGAACCGACCAACAAAACCAAGAUUGGAACAUAAAGUGUUUGGACUUCAAAGGGAGCCCUUCUGAUCUCUCCAUGGUAGUUGGUACGAGCAGUAACCGAAUGAAUAACCAUAUGGAAGUCGAGGAACCAAAGCUUGAAGACUUUCUCGGAAGCCAUUCCUCUUCUGAAGACUAUGUGUUCUCCGACUGCAACGACGUGGGAAGCUCUAUAGGGCUCUCCAUGAUUAAGACUUGGUUGAGGAACCAGCCGGUGACGCAGCAUGUAGGGGAGGAGAAGAGUUCUGGCGCCGUUGUGGUGGCUGGGAAGCUUGGAGGUCAAAAUAGCUCGCAGGGACUUUCACUCUCGAUGAGCAUGACUUCCCAGUCCAGCUCUGCUUUGACGUUAAUGGCGACUAGUAGUGAACGAGGAGGAGGAGGGGAGAGCUCUGCGUCGCCGGAUAGGGUAGGCUAUGGGGGACAAAGCGCGAUGGAAGCAGUUACUAAGAAGUCGAUCGAUACUUUUGGUCAAAGAACUUCGAUUUAUCGGGGAGUUACUAGGCAUAGAUGGACUGGAAGAUAUGAGGCACAUCUUUGGGACAACAGUUGCAGAAGAGAAGGGCAGAGCCGAAAGGGUAGACAAGUCUAUUUGGGUGGUUAUGACAAAGAAGAUAAGGCUGCGAGGGCUUACGAUUUGGCAGCACUCAAAUAUUGGGGGCCACCUACAACGACUAAUUUUCCAGUAAGCAAUUACGAUAAGGAGCUCGAGGAAAUGAAGCACAUGACAAGGCAGGAAUAUGUUGCCUCUCUUAGAAGAAAAAGCAGUGGGUUUUCUCGUGGUGCAUCAAUCUAUCGUGGGGUUACAAGGCAUCACCAACAUGGAAGGUGGCAAGCAAGAAUAGGAAGGGUGGCAGGCAAUAAGGAUCUUUACUUGGGAACUUUUAGCACACAGGAAGAUGCGGCGGAGGCCUACGACAUCGCCGCCAUCAAAUUCCGCGGCCUGAACGCCGUGACCAACUUCGACAUGAGCCGCUACGAUGUCAAGAGCAUUCUAGAGAGCAGCAAUCUACCCAUCGGCGGCGUCGCAAAACGCCUCAAGGAGGCUUCCGACCACUCUGCCUCCACCAUCAACGGCCGCAGGCCGGUAUGCGCCAUCAAAAGCCUUGCCUCUCACUACUCCGGCACAAUUUCCGCCGCCUCAGCCGGAAUCGGCUGGCCCUCAAUCUCCUUUCAGCAGCCGCAGCCAAACCCCCUGAGCAUUUGUUACCCUUUCGCACUGCAAAAAGGAUGGUGCAAGCAAGAGCAAGACCCAUUCGUCCCCGCUGCUUCUACUGCCACCCACAGCAUGCAGGACCUUCAUCAUCUAAACACCCACGACUUCUUCCCGCCGACGGCCGCAAUGAACAGCUUUCUGAGCAUGCAGGACUUUGGCUCUGCUUCGUUGGAGCACAGCACAGCUUCGAACUCGGUUGACUGCGGCGGAUUCAUGUUGCCUGUGAGUAUUAACGAAGGGAGUGGUUGUUUUGGAGAUGAGCAUGGAAAGCAGAUGGAGAUUGAGAACUAUAUGGGGACUUGUACUUAUAAUAGCUAUGAGCAGCUACCGGCGGGCAUGGUGAAGGCGGCCAAUGGACAUGAGCUGAGCGGCGGCGGCUUUAGUGGAUGGGGGCUUUCGGCUCAGGCGACGAUGGCAUCAAGGGCGGGGAAUGUGGCUUCAGCUUGCCAUGGGGGUCCAGUCUUCUCGGUUUGGAAUGACUCGUACAGUUUAUAAUGUGGAUUAUAUAAGCUAACUGGUGGAGAAUGGGAGGGAAUGCAACAACAUAAUUCUUCCGCUUUAUUGCUUGAGAGGAUUCUCCUGAAGUAUGGGUGAUGGCAUGUGGGGUGUUCAUCCUCAAUCUGCUGUUAAUUUUGGGUUCUUCAGAUGAAGGAAUCCUCUUUUGGAGCGGUAAUUUUGUAUAGUUGCUAGAAUAAUAACUUUAUAAAUGAUGCUUGAAAUGAAUCAACUUAAAUUUAUUGUC